AUUAUCUAGAAGAUAAGAAAUCGUGCAUUUACACAUUACGUACUUAGAAGAAUGAAGCUAACCACCGCACUCCUUGUUCUUAGUACUGUCAUUUGUACGAAAGGAUGCGAAGUUGGUUGGUUAAGAUUCCAAAAUAAAUGCUACAUGUUUAGUCACACAAAAGCGACCUGGGCAGAAUCGGAGAGCAUAUGCAACGCCUUUCAUUCAAAACUUGCCGAGCCAAUGACAUCUGCAGAAUCAACAUUCCUAAUCAACCAUAGUCAAAACGAGGCUGGCCAAUAUUGGAUUGGAAUAUCUGACAUUAUCGAGGAAGACAGGUGGAUUUACUCUUCUAAUCUACAGCCAAUCCAAGUCAACAGUUUUGACGCUAGUCAACCUAACGACCACGUGAGAGGAAAUUGUGUCGCCCUUUGGCGACCAUUUCAUGGACGUUGGGCAGAUGAACCUUGUGAUAGGCAUUACAAUUUCAUCUGUGAACUGCAAGAAUCAGGUGGAGAUGUUCUUGGAUGAAUUGUGAAUACCCCGUGUGAAUACCCCGGUAUUCCACGCAA